GGGUAACCAACUGUAGAAGAGUAGUACUCCAGAUUUGGGAUCCGCUGACGCAAAAUGUCAUCCCAAGACAACGCUGGUCGAAGGAAACGGUCCAGUCCUCGGACUUCUUCUUCAAGUUCGCGAUCGAACGAGAGUCUCAGUGGACAGCAUAGCUCCGAUAAAAGUCAAUAUCGAGAGAAUUCGUCGGGAAGGAAGAACAAUUUUGGAAAGGUGCGGGCAUAGUUGCAUUUCUGUUUACACCGUCAGCAAUUUUCAGUCACAUCCGAAAUACAUUACAUAGUAAUCUUACCCAAAUUGAAAACGGAUGUUAUGUUUCAGUGAAUAAGCUUAAGAGUAAAGGGUCUCGAUUUCCUUGAUUUCUAGAAAAUCUAUUUAUAUGGAAGAUAGAUAUUCAGUAAGAGAUCAAUUUCGUUCGUUGAGCUGUUUUACCUUAUGAUUAAUUAAAUUUUAGAAGAAAGAUUUGAAUGUGUUUGGGUUUUGCUGAGCUGGUAGUAUUAUUGGUGUUAUAAUUAUGUCUUUUGUAAAAGUUGUGUAUUUUUCAGCUGUAUCUUGGGUUAACCCUUUAACUCCCAGAAGUGAUCAACAUGAAACUUCUCCCUAUAAUAUCCUUACAUUAUCCAGCAAACAGGUAAUGAGAAUUAAUUCAAACUUAUCUGCUGGAAGUUGUUAUCUUGAUGUUAGACCAAAUUCUCAUAACUAAUUUACAAGGAUAUGUGUAGCAGCUAAAACGCAGAAUUUAACAAUCAGAUCUCGGGAGUUAAAGGGUUAAUCCCAGUUUAGGAUGCUCAAUUCCCAAACAAUGUUAGUGAUAUUAUUAUGAUGUUGAUUAGUAUGACAUUGAUGUGGACAUUGCUAAUCUGAGAAUCUGCAAUUUGAUAUACAUGUCAUGUGAAUCUAUGGUUCAAUUAGAAAAUUUAUAUAUUUGUGUGGAAAAGAAAACCAAAAUAUUUUAGUUUUGCAUGUUUUAACUUAUGAAACACCUUUUUAAUUGAUAGAGUUCAUUCAAUUGGCCAGACCUUCACACAAUGUAGUUAAGAAUCCAUAUCAUAAUCACUUGUAAGCAGAGGAAAAAGGUGUUUCCCUCGUUCUUUGCAAAGUUCUGUAUUUGAGUAUCAAGAAAUCAGUGAAAAAAAAAUAUAUUUGCUCAAUUUGGUUAACACUUUGAGUCCCACUAGUGACCAAGACAGAAUUUCUCCUUACACUAUCAGUACAAUAUCAAACAGACAAGUAAUGAGAAUAAAGAAAAAUAUCAAUUAGGGGAAUAUUGAUUGAUCCAAUUCCAAAUUCUCCAAACUAACAUUAUAUGAAUGGUAUGGCAGACAGUAAGGAGAAUUUCUAAUGAGAUCUUGGGAGUUAAAGGGUUAAGAUAGCUGUAUAUUACCUGGUUCUUCCCUUGUAUUUUUAUGGACUGAGACAAGUUGAGUUCCAUGAAAAGGCACACAGAACUUGGCCAAAUAUCCAGCCAUCAUGACCUCACACUUGGUCAAUAAUUCAUAUAUAUUUACUGUAAUCAACAGAAAAGUGUCAAUCGCACAAACAGCCAUGACCAUGUACGUAAACUGGUUGAACAGGAAGGGAGAAUUGCUCGAAACCUUGUAACAUGGUCAGUACCUGUGACAGAGCCUAAUCAGGAAGGUAGGAUAAUUAAUUUUUAUUAUUUUAACCUUCCCCUCAUGAUAUCAAAUGAAUAUACUGUCAUGCUGACAGGUGAAGAGAAUGAAGUAAAACAUUAAUGAGGGGAUAUCAAAUGAUUUGAAUCUAAAUUUACAGAACAAUCAUUUUUGACAAAAUGUUUGGCAGACCCUUUGAACCCUCUUCAGGAGUGACCAAGGACUAAUUUCUCCCUAUAAUAUCAAUACACUUUGUGAUGAGAAUAAACAAAAAACAUCAACUAAAGGUCUUGUGAUUUGAAGCUAUAUUCUCGGUACAGUCAUCCCAACAAAUGAAUAGCAUGUAGUAAGGAGAAUUACUACUGAGAUCUUGGGAGUAGGAGAGUUGCACAUGGUUUCUAUAUAAUUUUAUAGAUUAAAGGGAUCCUUUAGCUCUUAAUACCCUAGCAUCAGUAUGUAUAUCCUCCAUACUGUUCUCUAUACAUUUCCUAAGAGGUUGACAAGGAGAAUUUUUUUUACAAAUGAGAGCUUCUCUAGAUGGUGAUCAUUUCCCAUAUUCUUGCGACUUUGGUAUUCAGGGUUAACAUUGUAAAGAGAAAUUAAAUGCCAGUCACUCUUAUGAGUCAAACAUUUAAACAUUUGAUGAGAUAUUACUGGUGGUGAUUGCAACAAAUUUUCAGCAGCAAUUAUCUGCAAGCUAUAAAGUCCCAGGAAAUAAAUUUCCAAAGUUUUACAACAAUUCUCUCGGAUAUAUCUCUUCCACACAAUGUGUGCUACAUGUGUGCUACAUCCAAACAAAUUGCUACUAUGACUCGUUCUAUCCCUGUAUUCAUUGCAAAAAUUUGAAUUUGCUUAACUUGUCUCAGGGAACUUUUUUUUAUGGCAAGAACUAUGAUUAUAGCACAGUGGUAGAGCAACCAAAGUAUUAAUCACAAGGUCGUAGGUUCAACUCCUAUUUGGAGAACUCUGAGUUCUUUUUCUCCAAGUUUGCCUCUGUCAUUCACUGAAUAACAACUUCUUUCACUUAAACACCAGGCAUCAAAUUCACCAUCUUCAUUUACAUCAUCAUUGUGCAUAAGCAUCACACACUGUCAUUCUGAUUCUAGCAGUGCAUAAGAAGUUUGUAACACGAACCUAGUUAAACAGCCAAGGCACAAGUCAGUGCUAUAGUUCAGUGGUAGAGCAUCCAAAGGUUGUAGGUUUGACUCUUGUUAGGAGCACUCACUGUUCUUUUUCUCCAAGCAUGUCUGUAUCAUAUACUGAAUAACAUCUUUCAAAUAAGAUUUUCUCUGCACAUAGAAUUUCCACCUUUAUAUUUAUGCCUAUCUUUUACUGAAACAGAUAGUAGAAUUAGCCUUCUCUAUGAACAACAGUAAGACUUCCUGAACUUCAGAAUGUUUUGACAACCCUCUACUGAUGUGAUCAGUGAGACUUUUAUAUUUAAUGAAUGAGAUUUAGUUGUUUCAAUAUUAACCAUUGCACAUGUAAUUAUUACAGCAACUGUAGCUUUUUCAAAUUUUGACCCAUUAUACCCCAGAUUCAGCAUGUAUAUUUUCCAAGCUUUUCCUUUUAAUAUUUCCUAUGACACUAACAAGGGGAAUUUACUCAAAAAUCAAGAGCUUUUCUAGUUUGGGAUAAUUUCCUUAUUUUUCCUAAGCCUACAUGUAGUGUUCGAUUCAUCAGUGAUACUUUGGUGAGAUAUUCAAUGCUAGUCACCCUCAGGGGUUAGAGAUGUAAAAAUUUUUUUAAAUUUAAAUUGCAUGUAAUUGUCCUUAAACUUCUUGCAAAUUAUAACCAUUUUGAUAACACCAUGAGGUUAGCUCAAAUAUUAUGAAGUUAUGUUCAAGAAGGCUACUUAGACAUGACUGACAGACUGAUCUUGUAAAAUUUAAAUUUGUAAUAUUUUUUAUCGCUGAGACAAAAAGAUUAAAAAAACAUUCAAUUAAUAGAAAAGAAGAAAGGAAAGAAAAUUGGCCUAUUGUAGCACCUUCCUUUUGCUUUCCCCAUGUUCACAGCAAAUUAUUUCUGAAAAAUUAUCACAGUGAUUGUUUGUUUGUACCCCACACAUCUUUCUGAAUGAACUGAAAAUAUUGUUUUUGUUUUCUCCUGCUGUGAUGUUAGCUUAAAGCUGAAAUGCAAUAUUUUUCUUUCCUUUUUUUUUUUCUUUCUAUUUUUGUAACUCAUGACAUGAUGUUUUAAAAUCCUGUCCACUAAGACAGCUUUGUGGAAAUGAUAAAUAAUUGAUUUUGAUCACAUUAGCUGUGGAUAAUCAUAUGCAAACCCCCCCCUCAUUAAUAACCAUCCCUUUGCUUUGUGAUCCCAAUUGUGUUCUUCAGUCAAAUUAUUUUAAUGUAUACAGAAUAGAUCCUUUUAAAUUUUACUUCAAUUUGAAUCAAAUGAAGUGUUGUGCAUGAUGGUGGGAAGAAUUGAAUUUCAGAAAAUAACUGAUAAAAUAUUUUGUGGAUUACAACAAGAAGAGGAAAUUUACAGCCUGCUAUGAAAGCUGAUUGUUUCAUCAAUGGUACGCCACAUUGAAAUACUCCAAAUCUUGUAAAUAGAUCAACAGCCUCAGCCAUAAGCUCGGGCAAGGCAGGGGGUUUGUGUUUUUGUGAUUUUAGGGUGGGUUUAGAACAUUUUAUAAACUCACUCUGCUUUCAUGAAUUUUAAAUCUACUAUUGAUCAGAUUUAAACUGAAGGGAUUUGAUGUUGAGGGCAGAGUAGAACUGCUUUUAAAAUUCAAACCCCAAAUGUAGAAUAAUAUGAAAAAUUAAUAAGUUAAGUGUUAUGCAAAAUCUCUCCAUGAUGAAAAACGAUAUGUAGUACACGUACAUACACACUAUCAAAAUAACAUGGCUGGCUUUUUAAAUUCCAUUUUUUUCUUUUGCAGGAUUGUAGAUUUUUCAUGUCGCAUCUUUCAUCAUGGAAAUAUUUUCUGUGAAAAAUUUUGUUUUUACCUCAAAAAUAUUACAAACAAUGAUUUUCUUUAAGAGCAGAUUAAUGUUCGAAAUGAAACUGCCACCAUGACAAUUGUAAAUGUCUGGUUAUUUGUCUUCUAUGUCUGAAACUUUUGCAAAUGAAGAAGAAGUAUUUUUUUUAUUCACAGCUUAUGUUAUGCAAACAAAAGUUUGCUCUGUUCACUCUGCACUCAAAGCAGACAGAAGGGUUUUGCUAUAUUUUUAUUUUUGUACACUGAAAAUGAAUAAGGAAGCUAAUUUUGAUUGAGAAUUGUUUUGGUUUUCAACUAAAUUGCAACAAAAGAAAUUCCUGAAAUAAAAGGACUUUUCUUAGGUUUGAUUGAUGUGUGUGGAAGAUUUCAUCUCAGUUAAAUAUUUUUUAAUGAAGCCACUCUGAAAGUUUUCUUUCAAAUUUCAGUUUUGCCUACAGAUAUCUGAAGCAUAUGUAUUGAUCACAUUUUUUUGGCAAUGACAAUGACCACAGGGUAAAAUUGAUAUCAGCUAAAAGAUAAAUUUGAUGUACAUAUUUUUAUAUCCACCAGUAGAGGCGUGAGGAAAUUUUUUUUCUUUGAGAAUUGAUUAUCACAUUCAUAAUGUUGUACCAUAUUUUUUCUUAGUAAAAUGUUUAUAAAAAAAAUGUAUAUCAUUUUAGAGGAUGUAAGGUUUAGUUUUGAUCUUGCAAAUGAAUUAAAUAAAUCUCAGGAUUAUCUAGAUCAGAAAAAAACUUUGUGUUGAGAAUCUUGAAUUAACUUUGCCUAGAAAAUGACCAAGAUGUCAAUUAUUCUUAAUUUUUUUAUGGUGAAGAUUGAAUAAUCAUUGAGCAAACUAAGAAACAUUUUAGAAUUUGCUUGAUUUGAAUUAUCCUAUUUGUGAUAGUCUGUCAGCUUCUGCCAUUUGUUUGUAAGGAAAUUUAAGAUAGCACUAAAAUUGACCAUGCAAGUUUUGAUAAGAUUAAUUUAAAUCACUUAGUCAUUCCAAAAAAAAGUGGAAUCAAAUUAAAUGAUAAAUUCUGUAAUUCUGUUAGUACUAAUUGCAUUGUUUGAAAAGUAUUGUCAUGAUAGAUGUUGUGAAAAUCUCCACCAUGAUGAGUAGCCAUCAAGAGACUUAAAUAGUAAUCUUGGUUUUAAAAAAAAUUGGUUGAACUCUACUUAGUAUAUUUUAACCAACACAAUAUUUUUGUUUUGCAUGUUUGAAUUAUAUUUUUCUGCAUAGAGGUAGAUUUAUCUUAAAAUGAAUUGUUGAGAAAUUUCCUUUCAAUGUGUUUCAGAAUAUAUUUGAGAUUUUCACACUUUGUUUCAUAUGAAUCAGAUUCUUGGGAUUAUUUCUUUUGAUUAUCAUAUCUUCUAUGUCCCUAAAACUAGAAAAAGGAAAAAAGUCUAAACCCAGGAUGGUGAACAGAAAGCGCCAUUCAACUCCUGAAAAAUCUGGCUCGUCUGAGAGAGAAGGAUCUCCAGCUCAGAAAGGAGGAACCAAAUCUCCAGGGAGGUCUCGCUCUGGAAGCAGAAAAUUUUCAGGAUCAUUCUCAGGAAAGAAGAAUGAUUUAAGAGCUCGCUACUGGAGUUACCUGUUUGAUAACCUCAAAAGGGCUGUGGAUGAGAUUUAUGGCACAUGUGAAGCUGACGAGAGCAUUGUGGAGUGUCAGGUACUGUACAUGCCUCAACAAUUCAUUUGUUCUCUGGCGUUUACAAAUUGCUUGAAGUUGCUUAGAUGUCUAUUUCUUCUGUUUUAAGCCUUUACACCCUAACAUCAGUAUGCAUAUUCUCCAUACUGUUCUCUAAACAUUUACUAAGGUGCUGACAAGGAGAAUUUUUUUAACAAUCAAGAGCCUUUUUCAGAGGUGAUCAGUUCCUUUAUUCUCCUGACCUUAAAUUUGAUUCAGGGGAGAUAUGGUAAGGAAAAAAUUAGAUGUUAGUAACUCUUAGAGGGUUAAAGGGUUAAAGCCUUUAUUUGCGAGAUCAAAAUAUCAAUUCUUGUCAUCCUCUGUUACACAUUUCUUUGAAUUAAAUCACAAAGGCCUCCCCUAAUGAGUAUUUUUCUUUUAUCUCAGUACCCUAUUGAGAAAUGUAUACAUGUGCGUACAUAUACUUGGAAGUGAAAAAAGGCAAAAGGAUCAACAUGGCUUAAAAGGGGCAUGAUUUUUAAUCUGGAAACUUCACCUUUUUUUUUUCUGGCUCUCUCUGCAGUGUACAAUCGAGCAAAAUCAAGCAAACAAUGUACACUUACAAAUAUACAUGGCUUACCAAAUCAUUGCUGAAUUUUUUGUUUCUUGUAAACAGGAGGUGAUUAUGAUGCUGGAUCAGUGUCGUCGGGAUUUUAGUGCUUUGAUUGAAAGAAUAAAUGUGCAGGAUGCAUUCGAAAAAGCAGAUUACAAGGACAGGUAUAAUUUUGUAAAUGUUUCUCUAGCGCAGUAACUAUUUUUUUUUUUGUUUGCUUGUUGCCUUUUGUAUAGUCAGCACAAGAAACAAAAGAAUGCAAUAGCAUUUUUGUUUUUCACAGACCAACAUCUCUAGCAUGGGAAGUAAGGAAAUCGUCGCCUGGUAAGACACUGUUCUCGAGUGCAAAUCCGUUGCAGACGUCACUUGAGAAGAACGCUACCAGUCCUGUUCGCAACUUGGAAUUUAUCUCGCAAUCUGUUUCAAAACUAAACACAUCCCUCAAUCAUUCAGGCAGCUCAGCACCUUCACAAUCCUGGGCUGAUAAAGUUCGUGGAACAACAACCAGUGCAAGUGUUGUUUCUGCUGUUCAAAAAACUGAUACAAGAGAAACUGGACAUCAAAAUGCUGCUCCUCACUUGGGAGGUUUUUCAAAGAAUUCAGGGGAUUGUGUCGUUCUAGAUGCAAAUGACGAUGAGGAGGGGUGGGAAACUGUUUGUCGUGGAAGAAAAACGCACAGCUCUCAUACAAAGAAAGAACACAAAAGUGGUAAUGAGAGAUUAUUAAAUAGUAAAACAGAAACAAUAUUGAAUCAUGUAGAAACAGGAACAAUGGAGAACGGCACAUGCAGUAAUGGAAGUAGUGGUGGUAUUCAUGUCAGUACGAAGGGUGUUUACACUGGAAAUAAUUUAAACUCAGUCGAAACUGUGGAAAAGUUAACAGAACUUUCCAAUGGCAAAGAAACUCCACCAGCUUUUUUCGAUGGUGAGGAGGAGCAGGAAACUUUGUCAGACAUUGAACAUGAAAAAGCUCUUUCUGCAGCAAUGGAAGAAGAAGAAAGCUUGUCACGGCAAAUAGAAGAGUGUCGCAAUCAAACAAUUGCAUCUGUUAUUGAACAUGAGGAAAGUUUGACAAAGGAAAUAGCAGCUGAGGAAGAACUAGUAACACAAAUACAUGGUGAAAGUGGAACUGAGGUUUCUAACAUGGAGCAAGACGAUGCAGAGACUGUUAAUGGAGUGGAGGAUGAUUCUUUAAACUGCAGCAGUGCCACAAAUGGAGACAGUGUAAGUUGGUAAAGGAAAAUCUACACGAGACAUUACAACAUUUGAAGUCCAUAUUUUUAAGCAUACAUGUAGCUUUAAUUUUCCUGGAAACUUAAGGGAACAUUGUAAAAAUGGUUGGUUUCAAUAGAGGUAUGAGGACCAUUGCAGAUAGCAAAGAUUGAUGCAAACUGUGGACAGCAAGCAGAAGAAAUUUUUCCUUCGUUGUUGACAUGUACAAACCGUCGGGUAGUUCUUUGUGACCUCGCUAAACGCCUGACCUUUCACAAAACAUGAAUGUGUUGAAGGCCAUGUAUCAAUGUGAAGAACGCUCUGGUUGGUUCCACUUUCUCUCUUAUGGGAAUGUAGAUCAUUGAGAGCAUAUUGUACAUAUAUUUCCUGACAGUUUGUUUUCUAACCACUAAUUAAUUUUACUAUUAUUUUUUGCCUUAGAUUUCACUGGGAAGCUCAGCAACUCCGUUGACUUGGGAGGAGAUGAUGGCAAAAUAUGAUGGUAAGUGGCUUCAGGCAGGAAUGAUCAGACUUUUCAGCACUUUUCCUAACUCAAAUAACAAAUGCUCAGAUACACUGCGGCGAGGCAAAUUUAUUUUGGAGAAAGAAUGUCUAAACGCUUCCAUGUCCAAGUUGAUAAGUACAAGCAGAGAGAAAAUCAAUGAGGGACACAGAGGUACAUUUAGGUGUUGGUUAAAAUAUGUCCAUCUCUCCAUUUAAAAGUUAUUUGUAGAUGAAAGCUGAGGUCUCUUUUUCUGGACUUGGCACUAAGCACGAGUUCCCUGAUUUUUCAGGAGUUGGUUUUUAUCAAUAAAAUCAACCUACCUCUGUUCUAUCCUUCGUUACUCUGCCUUAAUUUCAAGAACGUCAGACCAAAGCGGAACUUUGGAUGUCUGAGAUAAAUAAUGAUUAAUAAACUUCCCUUCGAGGGAGCAUUUAUUAAAAACUUGCCGAAGUGCUAAUUGAAUGAUGAGGGCGUUUUCGAAGGGUACGCAGUUUGUUUCGUACAAACUUAAUAAUGGAUCUGUUGAAAAUAUCCUUUCAAACCACACAUUUAGAGAAGGUCACAGAUGUAUAAACUGAAUGUAAUAAUACAUUCUGUAUCUCACAAUGCCACUUGGGUAUGUGUUCCAGCUGACCAUUCUGGUGAUAUGGAGAGUAACUGGGGUGAUUUAGUGGAGCAAGCCGAGAGACCUCCCGGUAGGGCUGUUCAUCUACAUCAACGUUUGUCAUCGCCAUCAAGAAAAAGGUUAGCUGCUCAAUAGCACGAUCAGUUAUGACUAAAACUCAGCUGUGGAUCAGAAUUGCUUUACGUGCAUCGCAGAAUUAGUCAUGGCCAUUUAAAACGCACCGAUAAAAAGGUUAAAUCUGACUAUAUCCAAAAUGAUAAUUUGGUUUAAUCAACUGAGUGGAAUGAUAUGAAUAACGUAACUUAGACACUCUAGAGCUGACGUUUCGAGCGUUAGUCCUUCGUCAGAGCGAAUGUUGUCAGCUGUAGAAUCUCUCUAUGGUGGCACAUUACAUUAUCAAUUCAGUUGAUACAACCAUCAUCUUGUAAUUCUCCCCACCGACGCAGCGACACAUUUUCUUUAGAAACUUGCCUCCUUUAUAAUCCUAAAUAGCCUAGAGUAAAGCUAUCUUUGAUUACAAAGAAAAAAAACACAAGACAUCUUCUUGGAGGCGAUAACAUUACAUGGAGUUUCUGUUCCUUUUGUCGUUUUCAUUGAUUUUGAUACUGCGUUUAAAACAUCAGUGUGCACUCAUGAGCUCAACAGUCCUUUUUUUCCAUUUUAACCCAAUUUCUAUGAUCGAUUUUGCUUUUUCACAGACCACUAGAAGAAGUCAUUCGUAUUCAUGAAGAAAAGCAGGUGAUGAACCAUAAUAUAAGUGAUUGUGUUGUUUAUGUGUCCUGCACACUCUUCAAUCUUAUGAUGAUUUACUAAGACAAAGGAACAGGGAAGGGAACAGAAAAUUAGUGUAAGAUUCGCUUAGUUGUCUCAAGUUAGAUGCUUUAGGUUAAGAAGGAUGAAGAAAAGUGAACUGCAUGCACUACACGUUAUUUUUUUAAAUUUUUUUUAUUUUUGAUGCAUAAAAACGACUCUAAGUUAUCAUUGCGUGAUAUUUGCACGCUUUCCAUUUGUGAAUCUUUAUUCUGAGUUACUGACCCAGAAGAUCAUGACACGGUUGAGAUAACUUACUCGUUUUGCUUAUGAAGAAAUAUUUUCAAGACUUUUGCCACUCCGUUUUGUUAACAGCUAAAAGCUCAACAGCAAAGAGAGCGAAUGUUGGACGAGAGGUUGCAGAGUCUUCAGAUGCUUUCUGAAAAGGUAUAUGACGAUAUUUAAAUGUAUUUCGAGAGCCUUGACGGGAUCAAUGUGUAGCCUUCUUUGACAUCGUCCUUUGUAAUCGUGGGAUAGAAUAAUUAUAUGAAUUAUUGAUCAAGGAAUUGGUUAACAUAACUUUAAACUGGCCAAGCUUUUCCUCUUUUCUUUUCUCUUUUUCUUUUUUCCUUCCCCUCUUGCUUUAUGCAGGGGUUACGCUGAAAGCCGCUUAACCACCGCCUAUAUAAUUAUAUUAAUUAACCAAAUAUAAUGAUGAUUAUAAUAAUAAUGAUAACAACAACAAUAAUAAUAACAAUAACAAUAAUACUACUACUACUACUACUACUAAUAAUAAUAUUUAAACAGGAUAAUCCCGUCAGUGUUAUGACACUGGUGACUAUAAGGGUCCUGUAAGUUAAUUAUAAUGUUUACAUUACAAAAGGUGUAAUUGUAUGGUAAUAUAAAUAAAUAUACUUUAUGAAAUCAGUUCAAAAAAUGUUAGUAAGGUGCGGUUGAAAAAUCCUUAAUUUUCUUCGAAAAUUCAGUAAAAUAAUAUUUGGCCUUCAAAUGACCUCUUGCCUUCGUCUAUUUCCCAUGCCCCUAGACCCCAUGGCUUGAGGGAAAGGGACGUUACUUCCCCUUUUCCGGGCACAGCCGCCUAUGCCAUCGGCAGCCGCUUAUGGAAAAAAGUUCCUAAACCCCUAAACUUUGUGCCGCAUAAGCUGCGUGAUACAGUAAGCAAUCAAAUUUCGGGGCGUUGCAACUCUGCACUGUUGUGAAGACCUUAUCUUUUCAUCCAAUGUUUAUAAACUUUAUUAUUUAUUUUGUGACGCAUUUAAGGUCCAAAAAGCACGUGAGCUAAAGGAUGAGUUGAUACAACAGCGUCAGCAGCACCUGGAUCGAAAGCAAAGAAGAGCAGAGCAGCAAAGACUGUCUGUGCUGCAAGAAAAAAUACGAAAAGCUCAAGAGGAAGAAGCUAAGGUAAGUCAAAUGAACUGUGGGGAACUUGGAAUCAUUCCAGCUAUCUUUUGUGCACAAAAGAUUACUUGUUUAGAGUGCGUCGCCUGUAAUACGUUUUAACCUUCUCCGUUAUCAGCCCCACCACAUUUCUUCUAAGUUUAUCGUCUUGUUUUUCCUAUCUUGAUGAAUUGACAUUAAAGCAGUAGGUUAUUUUCUCAAGUUACUGUAUUGAAAGCUAAGCGAAUGACAUUAGACAGCUGCAAAAUAGUGCAGAGGCUGCUAGUGGUGGUCCUAGUGGAGGUGAAACCGGAAACAUUUCGACUUUCUCUGAUAGAAAAGAUUCAUGUAGCCCAGAGUAAAGCUAGAUACGGGAUGCUUAGGUAACACUCUCCCACCGCUGACGUUGCUAAUUUGUGAGACAUUGUAGAUAAUAUUUUUUCUCAUUUGAUUUUGAUGUAUUUGUACUCAGGUUAAUGAAAUAGCCUUCAUAAACACCUUAGAAGCGCAGAAUAAAAAGAUUGAGGUUCUGACAAGACACCAGGUGAACAAUUUUUCCGUGUUUCAUUAUGCGCGUGAAUCGCAACAAGGUUGAGAUUCUUGUUACUCGUCACUAAAAGUAUUUUCUCUGUUUGGAUAACUCAGGGCCAUGAAGCAAGGUUACAAGACAUUCAGGUAAUUAUGAUUUUAAUGGAAAUGCGCUUAGCCACAAACAAGGUCGUAGGUAGCAUGAUAAAUAACCCCAAAUAGCAGGAAGCAAACCAGUCAGUGAUCCAUGAGCGUGAACGAGGCGAUAGAAUGAUAGAUCUGGUGUCAAGGGCGGAACUCGAAUCCUGCAUCUCCAGAUAGCGAGUUCGACGUGCGCACCACUCGAUCUCGACCACGUUGCCUCUUUAUUCAGGAACGAAUACGAGUGUAGUUAAUAUCCGUUCUUUAUGGCAUGGGAUUUUGGCUUUUUUUGUCGUUGUUGUUGUUGUUGUUCUUUUUCCUACACGAGGCGGCCGCCAUCUUUGUUUUGCUGUCCACCCAAGCACUAUGCCCAGGUCCCGCGCUUCAAUUAGUACCCAAUUCCCUGCUCUUUACCGCUCCGAAGAAUGUUGACAUAAAACUUUGUUGUCAUUUCAUGUACAAGUAUAUUAUUUUGUUUUUAUGAUCUAGGAAGAAAGACAGAGAAAGAAAGAAGAGCAACAAGCUAAGGAGGCAGCCGCUCAGGUAAAAGCAUUUGAUUGAGAAAUACUCUCUUGGCGAUUGGAAGAGUUUGAUUCGUGUUUUGUUCCAAUGCAGGAGAGACGCCGCCAGUUAGAAGCUGAAAGACUGGCAAGACUUGAAGAGAUGCAACAGAAAAAGCUAGAGCAGGUACGUGGGAACAAACAGGGCGGAACAUUAGAGAAAAAGAAGCUAAGUUACGGUUAGUUUUUUUUUAAAAGUCUAGCCCUACAGCCGCGAAAUUUUAUACACCCGCCUUAUCUGUUUCUAUCGGUUUUUUCUUUUUAUCGAUGACCGAUUUAGGAGGCCAAAUACAAACGAGAGAAACACGAAAGAGAGAAGGCGAGAGAAGAAGCUGCUAAAGAAAAGGCCAGGUUUGUGCGAUUCAGCUUUGUCUGUUGUAGAUUUUGAAUUAUGUUUAGAGAACCUCUCACUAACUCGAUGUAUAUUGAUGCUGCAAACCUAAAUGUUUCCGAAAAACGAUUUUGAAUUCACUGACAUUAGAAUUUUUGUUUUGUUGUUGUUGAUAGAGAGAGAGAAAUGCGUCUUGCUGCCCGAAAUGAAGCCCUGCAAACAGCAACUGAACAACUGCAACUGAAAAUCCAACAGAAGGUACGUUCAAAUACUGGCUUUUUUUUCGUGCAUGGAACCAAAAAAGAUUUUCAUAUCUACUGCAAACUUGUAAUGAUAAUAAUGGUUUAUUAACAGCGUAUCCAAUUGUGUUGCCUCUUCAUCUGUUGACUUACUAACAAUACCAACUAAUCAGAUAAGUAACAACUAAGAUUUAUGGCUGUAUACAAAUUUCCAUGUAAUAUAUAGUUAAAAAAUAUUAACAACGCAUUAAAAAAAGUCGAAAAAAACUGGGAUUUUUUUUUCUUUUCCCAACCCCACUUUUUAACAUAUGUGAUUUUGAAUUUAAGUGGCAUUAAAUUUAAAUUUAAAGGUAAACACGCCCGUUUAAUUUCGUAUGGCCAAGUACUGUAAUACAAAAGUAUUACUCUACGCUGUCUGAUGAAAAUGGUUUUCUUCGUCUCAAAAUAUUUAGCAAGCGGAAACGACUAGAAGACACGAGCAAGUGCUGGAACAAGUAAAAGAAAAGGUUAGUGCUGUUUGAAUUUGUGUUGAUAAAAUGUAUGCAAACUUUCUUCAAUCGGUAACUGUGCGUUACACUUAUUGUGCCCUGCGCGUCCUCUAUAGGCCGCCGGUGUGUCACGCCAUUCCACACAAGACGAGGUCCCUGCUGUCACGCCAUACGAUAAGAAAAAGUUCUGUACUCUUUGUAACGUGGAGGUGAGACCCUGUUUUGACUAGAUGAAAUUGUAGAGAAAAUGCGUACUGAUGUUACGGUGUAUUGUGGUAUAAUGAUGAUUUAAUUCAUAUUUGUACAUUUUCAGAUCGUGUCAGAAGUUUACCUGUUGAGCCAUUUGCGAGGCAAAAAACACCAGCAAGCAUUGUCUGAAAUUCCGGCAAUUAAAGGAACACCGGACGACAAGGUACUUUGUCAUAGUUAAAAGUGAUCCAUACUGCCAUCCUCUCAACCAGUCAGAGGCAAAACAAGAGCGAAAAUAAUCCAGUGUUGUAUCGGCUUGUCUUCACUCUGCUUCUCGAUUGGUCCAAAAACUCGCGCCACUGUUUCAACCAAUCGGAUGCAAAGCGAAAGACCAAUCUCAACUUGGACACUUGCCUUUUCCCGCGCUUCAAGCAGUUUGCUUGUUUUAAAUGUGAGUUCUGAUUGGCUCCUAGUGAUAUUUUCUUGUGAUAUGAUUGGUCGUUGUGUUAAUUUUUUUUUUUUGGUUUUAUAACGCUUCUUGAAAGAGUACAUGAUAGUUGCGCUCUUUCUUCUUUGUAGAAGAAAUUAAUCAGUUCAAUUUCGAUUGCUACUCCUAGGACACCAUUUCGCUUCAGUACAUCAAGGAAAUGCCUUCUGACAAGGCAGGCGAGACAGAAAAGGCUGACCAGGAACGACAGAAAGCUCUCAGGAAAAGAGCGAAAAAGCUCAGGACAAGAAUGGCGGCUAAGUGAGUUCCAGUUUUAAACAUCAUCCAUUGAAUAUUAUUUACCAGUUUAUUUCUAAGAUCUAACCACGAAUUCUCCGCACUGCCUGUUUUAGAUUAAGUAUCGUGUGCGCUUUGAGAAUUUGGGGCUAAAUCAGACAAUAUCCUCUUGUUGAUUUUUAUCUUUCUUCCCAUUAUCUCUCUCUCUUUGAAAAUGUAUUGAUCUUGUAAAGGGAAAUUCCAUUUUGAUCUUUCCUGAGAGUGCAAGGGUGAGGUAUCGCAUAGUUUUGAGUCUCUGGAAAUCAGUUAGAAUUCUUGGGAUAUGUCGGUGCUGAGCUAUGCUUGUUUGUGGUGAAUAUUAUUGAUGACUCAUUCUCUCUGCAGAGGACGAGAGUAUGAAAGUAAUUUAUCAAGUGUAUCAUCACAAAGACAGGAAUCUUCGAAGAAACCAAGGUAAAAGAGAAGAAGCUUCAUCGUAGCUUUGAACGCUGAGUAUUUCUGUUUUGUUUUUCCGCGGAUCGUGCGAUCCCUUUUAAGCCUGGAUAACACAGCACGUAAAAGUCCUUGUAGAGGACAACACAACGUGUGUAGUUCUUUGUUUGGAAGUGUUAUUCUUUAAAUUAACCAAAAACAGAAAAUUUAUUCCUCUACUCCUUCCCUCCUUUCUCCUUACAAAAUUAAAUCACAACUCGCUUUUGGAUCCUAAUUAUCAACGAUCCAUCUCUGCAAUUCAAUGUUCGUUUGUGUUCACAGGCUUCAAAAAAUUGUCAAAGAUCUCAAUCGCCAGUUGCAGUCACAAGGGUCGGGUCCUUGGCCAGCCAAUCGUGUAGGGUCAGUGGAGAGAUCAUUGGGCGAAUUGAGCAGGAUCCUGGAAUCAAAGGUUCUCAAGACAUCCUUUUGAUAAUUUCCUAAGGGGCGUAUAGGGAAACAAACAAGUAUUUUGGGCAUCGAGAUCGUUUAAGAACAAUCAAAAAUUCGUUUUUUGUUAUCAAGAAUUUUUUUACUGGCCUCUUUGUAUCCAACGGUUAGUUGCUUCCAUUUUGAAAAGUUAGGUGGAAGAAAAACUUUUAGAAGAACCUUACAAACAGUUAACCUUACAAUCUUAUUACAGGUAACCGCUGACCAGGUGACGUUUUGUAAUCUUGGUGGGCUAACCGCCCUGACCAGAUUGCUUUUGGUACCAGACAUCGCCAGCGACAAGCCUCCGAUUAAAUCGAUUAUUCCAAACAAGUAAGUUCAUUAUUCGAAAAAUAUCGCCUAAGCCUUAGAGAUGUUAUAACAAACACAAAGGUUUAAUAACCCGGAUUUCCAUGUGAUCACCCACUUUGUUUGGGGAUUCUUGCAGUGAAGUGUAAGAUCUUUUCUGAUUCUUUAACCACUCCAACUUAUUAUUCGCUGUGCGUUGUACUUCGAUCUUUUACGCUCAGUGAAAGCAGUUCCAAAGCCGAUCAUAAUGAUCACAUUAUACAGCGCUUUUUGAUUGUAAAAACAAGACCAAAGUAAUCACAACGAAAAUCAACUGAAAGGAAAAUGCCUGAUUAAGAGUUAAUGAGAACUCAAAGUAAAAUCUAACGAACUGCCUAAAGCGCGGGAAAACGCGGGCGACCAAGUCAUUAUUUUUUGCAUCUGAUUGGUUGAGAGAGUGGCGCGAGGUUUCCAGACCAAUCAAAGAGCGAAACAAAACAAUCCAAGAUUAUUUUCGACAAGCAAUUGGAAGUUGCCUUACUGAACCUGUGAGUGCAUUUUGGUGAUCGGGAUUAGUCUCUAUGUAUAAUUUCUUACUGAUUGACUUGAUGGCGAAGUUUCCUCAAUCCAAAGAUAGAGGAGUCGGUUAGCGCAACGAAAGCAUUUCUAGAUUUUUGUCUCCGUUAGUUAACAAUUAUUUCGGUUUUCAGUUUUCCAAAUAGAUGCUUCUUCUUUUUCUCGUCAGAGCCCUUUGUAGCGUGGCCAAUGUGUUAACGCUUGCUUGUGGUGACUGUUUGGACAACUGUCGUUAUAUGGUGUACACAAACAAACUCAGUACGUUGGUUGAUCUUCUGGCCUUUCAGAUGAAGGUGAGAUUGAUCAACGUAAACCGAAAAGAAGCUUCUAUUGUUCACUAACCCUUUAACCCCUAAUAGUGAUUAGCAUCUUUUUUCUCCUUACAAUGUCACCCCUGAAUCACACACAAAGGUCAUGAGAAUAAAAGUAAUGAUCACCAACCAAAGAUUCUCUUGAUUUUUAUACAGUCUCCUUGUCAGCACCCUAGGAAAUAAAUUGAGAAUUUGUUUGGAGAAUUAGAUGUAUAGGGUUUACCUCUAAAUAAGCAUUUGUUAAAAGGAAAAGGAGAAAAACUACACCCUGUAAAGACCUUAUGAUAUAUUUAUAAAAGUCUUUUUUUCUCUUUGAUAUCAAUGUUUAUAUUUCUCGUUUUCUUUACUGAUGCACUUUCCUGUAAAUUGCCUCAAGAAUUUUUAGAACUUGAAAUUUUUUCUCUCGUUCAUUGCCUCAAAAGUGAUUUUUAGGGAAUUACUGUGGUUUAAUUCGACCAAUUUUAGGACAUUUAGAUCUGUUUGGUUGUGAUUUUAAAGAAACUUGUUAUCUCGGUAUACAGAAUGUCUCUCCGUCUCAAGGGACCACCAAGAAAGGAACCGACAAAGAGACUGAAAAUAAUGCCCGUAACUACUCAUUACCAGACCCCUUGGCAACAACGUUAUUGAAGGCACUCGCCACAGUACUCCAGUGCUUCGCUACAGCGUCACCAGAAGAGAAGGAAGUAGCAACGCUUGUUCAAAGGAUGGUAGACUUAAUUGGGUAAAUACUUGAUGUAUUUCACUUCUGUUUCAAUUUUAAAGUGCCAAUUUUGAAAUAUUAAUACUCCCCGUCACCAGCCACAGUCGUCCAAUGCUAGUUUUGAAAGUUGCAAUACAACUUAAGACAGCUUCAUUCUUACUGAAUAUGUUUGCUUGUUGAUCAUGUCUUUAUCUUGUUCCGUCUCCCCUAGCUAUGUGGUAUGCUGCGGAGUUGUAGAUGACAUAAGAAGUUUCUUUAGUUCAAUUCACGGACCUCUUAACGACGAGCUUGAGGCUAUGAAUUACGCUCAGGCUUGUUUAGCGCUUUUAUCUGGGACUGCUCAAUAUCUGGGUUGUAGGUGAGCACCUAUGCAUUUUAUGUAACCAAUAAAAUAUGGAUGAGGGACUGUUAAGUAGUGGGCUUUGAAUUGGAAUGUUUAAGAGUUACUCUUGUGUUCUUCAGCAAGGUAUUUUACUCUUUCAGUGCCUUUUUCUAUUCUCUAUUAUUAGUGGCUUUUUUAAUCAAUCAUAUUGAACUAAAAUCAACUGCGACUUUGUCACUCGUGUUUUCCCGCGCUUCGGGCAGUUGGCUUGUUUUUACUCUAAGUUCUCAUUGGCUCCUUAUAAAAUUCUCCUUUCUUGUAAUUGGCUGUUCUGAUUGCGUAGGUUGUGGUUUUACGUCACUCAAUUGAAAAGCGCUCUUCUUUCUAAGACGACCUUUUUACUUUUGUUUGCGCAGGACAAGUAACAUUUUUGAAAUAAGAAAGGAAGACCUCACACAGUUUGUUGUGACUUUUCAACAGACCGAGCUUUUAGGUAAGUUAAGUGGAUUUAAAUCAUUAAGCUACUUGCAAGGUCUUUUAUUCAAAGUUACUUACGUUGCAACUGAUCGGCAUUCUUAAUUUCUUUGUUUGUUUGUAGAAAUUGUAUCAUUUCUUUAUGCAAUUUUGAUGAAUGAUGGCAGUCAACAGUCCUCGUCGAGUCCAACACUUCCUGAAUCAACAAUAAAUUUGGUUAUAGAGGCGUUGGGCAUGUUGAAUUUUAUGGGGACAGUGGAUUUGAAGGUGUUGCAGGUAAGUGUCUUGGCUGAAAAAAAUUAGUCCAAUAAUGUUUCUCUGAAGGAGACAACUUAGGAUUGUUGCGAAGCGAAAUGACUCGCACAAUGACUACUAAUUCAGUUCCAUGCAAAGGCGAUUUGAGAUAGAACUUUUUAACUCUACUGUGCUUUUAACAACCUAUAAAUUGAACAAUUUCCAAAUUGAGAGUCUAGUAUAACAUGGGAACUUAUUGCUUUUGCUUUAUAUCGCACUCUCAUUGAUCUAAAAACACUUCGCUACCCUCUUGAUCAAUCAGAUGCAAAGUGAAUUUAAUCCAAUCGAGGCUUCGUUUUAUGCGUUUUCCUGGCUUCAGGAUCUUAUUAUAAAAGACUCUCUCUGUUUGGCUGUUUACAUUUGACAGGCAUCUCUUGGAGCAGAAGGCGUAUCAUUGGAGUUUCGGCACAUUAUAAGUCAUCUGUUGUGGUAGGUUUGUGCUAAUGAUCACAUAUGCCCCCAUUACACUGACCAGCUCAGCACGAGUAGUUCUCUAUAGUUCGACGCUGAGGCAUGCGAACGACAAUUGCAAGGUUUUUAUGUCAAGGGAGAACUCAAAUGUUUUUCUGCUUCACUCUCGAGAAAAAUGUAUUUUAAAACAUCUUCCUUCCAUAUUCCAAUCUUUUCCUUUCUUGUAUCAUGUUAUUCGCGGCCAACUGGUCCUUUGAUCCCUAACAGUGACUAGCACCUAAUUUCUCCCGACUAUAUCACCACUGAAUCACCCAUAAAGAAUAAAUUAAGGUAAACGAUCAUCAGAUAAAGAAGCUCUUGAUUAUUAAACAAAUUCUCCUCGUCAUCGCCUCGGAAAUGUGUAGAGAACAGUGUGGAGAAUAUGCAUACUGAUGUUAGCAUGUAAAGGAUUAAGGCUCAAAGCGAUAGAGUCCUUGAUGGUUGUUAUGUAAUCACUACAGAAACUGGCGCAUCUCGACGAAAUGGCUUGAGAUCAUUGAUCUAAUCACUACAGAAACUUGCGCAUCUCAACAAAAUGGCUUGAGAUUAUUGUGUAGAGAGUGAGUCGAACAUCCCGACAAAAUCGCCUAGUGUAAGAGUUUUCGUAUCACUCAAUUGAAAGGUUUUGUUUUUCGUAAUGUUUUUGUAAUUGUUUGCUAUCAGUGUUUGCAGCGAAGGGAAAAAUGAAGAUCUUCUCCACGAGGUCAUAUUAGUUGUUGGUUACUUCACCGUUUUGAAUAACGAUAAUCAGGUUGGUAAUCAAAUUUUUUUGUUUCAAUUUCAUCACAGUUGUUAUCCUUUGCAUUACUAUUAUUAUUUUGUAUUUUGAGAAAAGAACACAACACAACGACUCAACUAGGUCUCGACCCAGACCUCUCCUCGUGGAGUACAGCGCACUGACCUAUAGCCCACUGCAUCUCCCAUAGUGAUGUGUGGCGGUCUAGGAUGAAAGAACUAAGUUCGUGACUGCCUUUUGCUUUUCAGGUGUUUGUCCAAACUGGUCGACCUCCCACCUUAUUGCAGCAUCUGUGUUCGCUUCCAUUUCAGUAUUUCAGUGAUCCAAGGUAAGCGGCUGGCAUUUUGUGGAAGGCUUAGGCAGUGAUCCAGUGCUAAGGAAACCGAAGCCUUUUUCUCGCAGUAUUUCGAGUUAAAGGCUGACAUUGCACGCUCUUGGGAACAAUUUGCGCGCCACAGUUCAAAGUUAAGCUCGUAAGCCAAACAGUUUUGAGUCGAUGAUUAGUUUUUAAUAGAUUUGUCUUCUUAACAUUUAUACAAAUUUUUUUCAGGCUCAGGAAUGUCUUAUUUCCCACGCUUAUCGCUGCUUGUUUUGAAAAUGAAGAAAAUAAAAAGAUUAUUGAACAAGAAGUUAGUUGCGCCUUGCUAGAAAACUACAUCGAGGUAUGUUGCAGAAGAAAUUUCUAAAAAGUUGAAAAUGUAACACUUGAUUAAGAAGAAAUAUUGAUUCUUAGCUGAACAGGAAUAAACUGUGGUUCCUAAUAAUCGUCAUCGUUAUCAUUUGUAUACAGUUACUUAGAAAAAAAUACUGUUACGGGGGAAUCCAUCGGUCGUUUAGUGUAAUCGUUCAGGGAAGGGUAGUUCUGGAAAGAUUAUACGUCGAUGACUUGUCCAUGAAGAGGCCAGUAAGGUCCUUUGACCCUAUUUCUUUAUAUUGUCAAAAUAAAAGCACACUUUGUCUUUUUUGUAGGAACAAAUAUUGGAUCUACACCAUGAUCAUCUCUUACCCUCUCAGAGUGGAAGACGUUCAGGUAAGUUGGUGUUUUUAUUCGUACUAACGAAAAUUGAACCAGUUGCAGCGAUGUCUCAUUUGUACUACAGACGGGCCAAUUUUCCUCUGAUCAAUGCCUUAAUUGAAGCAUAGCUGUUGCAACUGGAGGCAUAAGUAUGCGAAUCACUCUCCUACACAACAGCCUCGACCUUGUUACGUGCUUUUUUCCGCGCUUGUAGUAUUUUCCUAUGUUGUGAUAAAUUUUGUUUGGAGACAAAAAGAAUAAGUAAACAGGGGCACGACACGUUAAAGUCAUACUUUUCGACGAACAAAACUGCAUGAAAAGGUUCACAUCGUAGUAGUUCCACAAAAGAGCGCAGAAUAGCCAACGAUGGUUCGAAGAAUAAUUUGUAAAUGAGUAUGAUGAAAAUGGAAAUGGGAUUUUGAAAUAAAUUCGAAGGUAAAAACAGUUUUGGCCAAAUUUUUCAGCAUGUACCAGCUCUUCCGCUCUAAUCCAACUUCUUUUUGCCACAGAUGGUGAGGUUUCCCAGCGUUUUGCGCUUGUCAACAGAUUCCCGUCUUCAAAAUGGGAGGAUGCAAGACGUUUUCUAUUAGGAUCCUGACAGCACGUGAAACUCUAUUAAGUAAUUUAAAAUCUCAUUGGAUAUCUUUUUUCGCGGUAUUAUAAAAUUUUGUAACAAUUUUUGCUAAAAUUGCGCAAAGCUUGGAUACCUUUCUAGGCAUAAAAUAUAAAACAUAAAAUAAUGAAUGAGAUGAGCAUCUUUGCGUUGUAUUUAUGUUGUAUUUGACUGGGUUGUCACAAUAUUUAAGCCGUGCCUGUUUGAAAAGUUGAUAUUUUUGUAGCUAAUUGUUAAAAAACUCCAUACAAGUUCGUAAUUUUACCAUAACCUAAUAGGGCGCCAUGGUUUUACUCUAUUAGAUUUAUAUUAUGUUUAUAUUAUAUUUAUAUGAUAUUGUUAUCAACGGUCGAGUACUAACUGGAUAUCAUCUGCCAGUGAGCGCCAAAGGCUGUCGUGUAUUACCUUUGUGAUCCUCAUUUCAAGAUUUGCUUUAGUUAAUGAAUAAUAAGAAUAAAUAUUUAUUUAAAUAUUUGAAAAGAAAAACUGGCAUCUCUAGUAAAUAAAGCAUCCCCUACGUGAGACCAUGAGUGGUAAAGUUAUCACAACCUCUGUGGUGAACGGGGUUUUGAGUAGGGAUUCUCUGCCUCAUUUUUUUGCAAGAACAACUACAAAAACAAAAAAACAAAAGAAAAUUUUCCUGACAAUCAAGAGGAGUUUGCCAACAAAUCAAGUUAAUUUACUGAAAACUAAGGAAUACCUCAAAUGAGUUUGCCAAAAACUCAGACAAAAAUAGGAAGUCUGAAGUUGCAUAUGGCUAUUGGUAUAGCACACAUUUAUAGCUUUAAAAAUAACUAGAGGUUGGAUAAUGACAUAAGAAGGUAGUGCUCUAGAAGAUUUGUAUUCACAUGUAUAGUGCAAAACAGAAAACCUGCUGCAUCACCCAUAUUUAUGACUGCUCUGUUCCACAAGAGAAGGAUUCCAGAUAUAGUGAAUAACUGAC